AUGUCAGGCAACACCCUUCGAGGUACUCCCGGGCGCGCUCAGGGACGCGGAGCCAUACCAAAUUUUCCAUCCAGCCCGGCAGCCGCUGGUUCAAGCUCGUCCAUUCCUCGCCCUGUACUCGAACAAACCAUGAGCAGCCAUAAUACUCAGCCUCCAGCCAGCGAGGCAGGCGGCUCCACCAUGAGCGCCAGCCGUCAGAAGCAGACAAAGAGAGAUGAGGCGAUACGCCGCAAGAUGGAGAACGACCUCGCCAAGAAGAAGCAUGUGACGGGCCGAGCCCGUCACUCGAGGAAAGCCCCGCCCGGAACCGUCCUCGCCCUCAAGCCCAGCCAGGCUCUCCAGAUCAAGCCCGGCACCACCGUGGCCGAGGCCGCCCAGCUCAUGGCCGCCAAGCGGGAGGACUGCGUCCUGGUCACGGACGACGAUGAUAGAAUCGCGGGUAUCUUCACGGCCAAGGACCUUGCCUUUCGUGUUGUUGGUGCCGGUCUCAAGGCUACCAACGUUACGAUUGCCGAGAUCAUGACCAAGAACCCGCUGUGUGCCCGGACAGACACAAGCGCGACCGAUGCUCUCGACUUGAUGGUGCGGAAGGGCUUCCGCCACCUGCCUGUCAUGGACGAAAACCAAGACAUUUCGGGCAUCCUCGACAUUACAAAGUGCUUUUACGAUGCCAUGGAGAAGCUGGAGCGGGCCUACUCCUCAUCGAGGAAACUCUACGAUGCCCUAGAGGGAGUGCAAUCGGAGCUGGGGGCGAGCCAGCCUCAGCAGAUCAUUCAAUACGUCGAGGCACUGAGGACAAAGAUGUCAGGCCCAACUCUGGAGUCGGUCUUGAACGGCAUGCCCCCUACGACUGUUGGCGUAAAGACAUCGGUCAAGGAGGCAGCCCAGAUGAUGAAGGAGAACCACACAACGGCCGUUCUGGUCCAGGAUCAGGGUCAAAUCACGGGCAUUUUCACCAGCAAAGAUGUUGUGCUGCGUGUCAUCGCUCCCGGUCUGGACCCCGGAAAUUGCAGCGUCGUCAGGGUCAUGACGCCCCAUCCUGACUUUGCUCCGAUGGACAUGAGCAUUCAGGCUGCUCUCCGCAAAAUGCAUGACGGUCACUAUCUUAACCUCCCGGUCAUGAAUGACUCUGGUGAGAUUGUAGGAAUGGUGGAUGUUCUCAAACUUACGUAUGCCACUCUUGAGCAAAUCAACACCAUGUCAAGCGGCGACAACGAGGGUCCCGCAUGGAACAAGUUCUGGCUGUCCUUGGACAAUGAGACAGAAUCCAUGGUUUCGGGAGAUGGUUCACAUCACCAUUCUCAUUCACAUGUCCACCACCGUUCCGUUAUGUCGCCAGACUUGACGCGCGAGCGAUUGGAUAGUGUUGCACCUGGAGACUCGGCUUCCCAUGCCGGCGUUGAGUCUCCCGGCCACUCCAUCGUCCAGCACUCUCCUGAGCUGCCCGUCAGUGAGAUCCCCUUCCCCUUCAAGUUUAAGGCUCCGAGUGGCCGAGUCCACAGGCUACAGGUGAUCGCUUCUCACGGAGUAGCUGCCUUUAUCACCAACGUUACUUCCAAGCUUGGCGGAGAGAUCGAGGCAGUGGGCGGCGCACCAGAGGUUACCGAGGAUGGACAAGUCCGUGGCGGCUUCGCCCUCUCGUACCUUGAUAACGAGGGCGACUCGGUCAGUAUCACAGCCGACCAGGAUCUGCUGGAGGCAAUCUUGCUCGCCCGCCAGUCAGGCCGUGACAAGGUUGAUCUUUUUGUUCACGAUCCGGAGAAGCCCCCUGUUGCCGUGGCAGCCCCCGCCGCCGUGCCGCCAGCCCCUUCUGAACCUGUUUCAGUGCCCAUUCCCACCCCACCAGCCUCCAGCGUGGCCCGGGAGCGCAGGAGGCGCAAGUCGCCCGCCAGUGAUGACAGCGAUGAGGAGGAGGAAUCGGAGGACGACGGAUCCUCAACGCUCAGGAGACCACGCCGACAUCAACGCGCGGCGGCAGCCCAGCAGGAGCCACUCAUCGCGGGCCGGUCUGCCUUUGCAGCUCCAGUCGCCCGCGCCGUGAAUGGCAGCACCACCAGCGGCAUCCGCAGCAUCUCGAGCGAGACCCUCUCGACCUCGGGCACCGUUCACGCCUCUACUCCGCCUACACACCCUCCCCCGAGUCCUGGAACGGCAACGGCCACGGCCACGUCUGCCGCACCCCUGGCAGUGCCCAGGGUAUUGGACCCUCGUCUCCAGGCACGGUUCGGCCAGACGCAAAAGGAAGAAGCGCCUGACACGACGGCCCGCGACUGGAUCGAGCUGAAGCGUUUCCGCAAGAAGACCUCGGGCCUUGGGUCUCAGCGCUCGACGCGAACCUACCGCCCCAGCGACCUGCUGCGCGACCCGCCCAAGCCCCAGGAUGUGACGCUGGAGCUCCUGAUGGCCUCGCAGUGUCACAUGGGCCACCACAAGUCGCUGUGGAACCCGGCCAACGCACGCUUCAUCUACGGCGUGCGGCAGGACAUACACAUCAUCUCGCUGGAGCAGACGGCUGCGCACCUGCGUCGGGCUGCGCGCCUGGUCGAAGAGGUCGCCUUCUGCGGCGGUCUGAUCCUGUUCGCUGGCACGCGCCAGGGCCAGAUGGAGAUCGUGACGCGGGCCGCCGAGCUGAGCCGCGGCUGCCACCUGUUCAACAAGUGGACGCCUGGCACCAUCACGAACCGCGACCAGCUGCUGGCGGGCGGCGCGCUCAGGAUGGUUGACGAGCACGACCGCGAGCUGCCCGGGUUUGAGAAACACCUGCAGGAGCGGAGGCCCAUCACACCGGAUCUGGUCGUGGUGCUGAACCCACUCGAGAACAACAUCCUGCUGCACGAGUGCAAGGUGUCGCAGAUCCCGACGAUCGGUGUCAUUGAUACAAAUGCCGAUGCUACCAAGGUCACUUACCCGAUUCCGGCGAACGAUGACAGUCUGCGAAGCAUGGCCGUCGUUGCCGGCGUUCUGGGACGCGCCGGUGAGUUGGGGCAGAAACGGCGUCUCGCCGACGCCAAGAGCGGCCAGGUGCACUGGGAAAAUCCGGCGGAUGUGGCACGGUUCUUGUAUAAGCUCAACGCGGAGGUCAUCGAGGCGACGCGCCAGCAGAUGGAGGCGGAUGCCAAGGAAGAGCAACGUUUGCUUGAGAAUGCUAGUUUAAAGGAUCUGCUCACGUGA